AUGUGCGAGCCGCGCGGCCGCGAGUCCGAUCAUUUCGGUCCGACAUGUGCACGAAGGCGUUGAUCAACAGCGGCGCCCGGCAACCGCCCGCGGCUAUCGUCCGGUUCGUGGUGCAUGGAACGCUGGCGUGGCUGUACUUCCACGUCAUGUGGAUGGCCGGUUCCGUGGACUGGGACUCGAUCGUGUUCCCGACCAUCAGCGAGGUGGGAAAAUUCAUGUCGUUCAUGCUUACGAUGUGGACACUGAUCAUGCAUUUAGGAUUUUUCAUGAUAGCUACAGUGUUGGAUUUCUUCGAAUUGAUUCCACAGUCUGUUAUUAUCGGAAAAUUGCUCAACAAAAUUCGAGAGGGGAAUGACUUCUUUUUCAUGACUGUGAUGCUGCCAAUUUCUAUAUGUGUCUGUAGCGGCUUUUGGUCUGCAUGGGUAUUAUUUAACGACAUUAUUUAUCCAUCAGCUGUAAAUAAUGUCAUACCAGUAUUUAUCAAUCACGUGUCACAUACAACUCCUAUUUUCGUUGUAUUUAUUGAAUUGUGUCUCUGUUACCACGCAUCGCCAAGAGUGAAACCAGCCAUUGCCAGUCUUGUUACUGUUGAAACUAUUUACCUACUUACAAUGAUCACAUUGCGAAUUCAACACGGCAGAUGGGUAUACUUACUAAUCGACAUUUACGUAAAUACAAUUCCAAAGUUUAUCUUCGUGUUUUCAUUCCUCAGUUACAUCGUACCAGUUAUCUUUUUGGUCAGUUGUCUCAGGCUGAAUAACUAUAUCUGGGGUAUAAAAACUAAUGGACAUGUUUCUAGGGAUAUUUCAUAUCAACAAAACAAAAAAAUAACGUGAAGAGAAGCUCCUAGUGUUAAGUGGUCUUGCUGAAAUUUUAUCUGGGAGCAUUUUUAUAUUAUGAGUAUAAUAUGCAAAAUGAACAUUGUAAUAGUAAUAUUGUUAUAAUGUAAUAGUUUUAUUUUGACAUAAUUAGCGAUAACAAAUAACAUAUUUUAUUAUGUUACAUAUGUUUAUUCCUUCCAUUUUUUUUUUUUUUUUUGGAAAUGAAACAAGGAGCAUACUCUAUUUAAUUCAUAGUUCAUACCUACUAUGUAUACGUUUUAUAAUUAAUAAUGUAAUGGUCUCGAAUAUGAUAUAUUUUUUAAAAAUUUAUUUUAUAUAAUUAUAUGUAACUGCGUUAAU